AUGCGCCGUCUUCAUCUCCUGAGCCUGCGGUGCCCCAGCAGCAGCAGCAGCAGCAGCAGCAGCAGCAGCGAGGAGCUCAGGAGCAGCACAGAGGAACCUGCAUUUGCUGCCAGCUCUGCUGCUGCUGAGGGGCCCCCCCUCUCCCUUGGGGGGCCCCCCAGGGGGGCCCCCAGGGGGGCCCCCAGAGGCCGAGGCGAUGCUGCUGCAGCAUACGAGCAGCAGCAGCAGCAACAGCAGCAGCAGCAGCAGCAGAAUCUAGAGGAUGAAGAUGCUGCAUUGUUUUCGGUCGACUGCAGCAGCAGCAGCAGCAGCAGCAGCAGCAGCAGCCGUCUUUAUAAUGGUGUUAAUCCGCCCCCAGCAGCAGCAGCAGCAGCAGCAGCAGCAGGAGCAGCAGGAGCAAGAGUAGCAGCAGCAAGAGCAGCAGCAGCACAGGCAUCAGCAGCACCGACAGGAGAGAUACAACAACAACAGCAGCAGCAGCAGCAGCAGCAGCAGCAGCAGCAGCAGCACAAGCUUCCUCCUGAUGGACUGCAGCAGCUACUAUCUGCAGCAGCAGCAGCAGCAGAUUCUCCCUCCUGCUGCAGCAAGAACAGCAGCAGCAGCCGAACCAAAACCAGCGCCACAAACAACAGCAGCAGCAGCAACAACAACAACAACAGCAGCAGCAGCAGCAGCAGCAGCAGCAGCAGCAGGAGAUCCAGCAGCAAAAUAUCCUCACAUCAACAAUUUAAACUCUCUGCAUACAGACUGGGUUUAGGGGUAGAGGGGUUGCUGCGCAUAGACGGGGGGGGGCCCCCCCUGAGGCCCCUGAGGGCCCCCAGGAGACGCAGCACCCAGCAGCAGCAGCAGCAGCAGCAGCAGCAGCAGCAGCAGCAGCAGGAGCGGUUGCGGUUGCCACUGCUGCAGCAGAAGCAGCAGCAGAAACAGCAGGGGUUGCUGCGCAUAGACGGGGGGGGGCCCCCCCUGAGGCCCCUGAGGGCCCCCAGGAGACGCAGCACGCAGCAGCAGCAGCAGCAGCAGCAGCAGCAGCAGCAGCAGCAGGAGCGGUUGAGGUUGCCACUGCUGCAGCAGAAGCAGCAGCAGAAACAGCAGCAGCAGCAGCAGGAAGAAAUAUACUGGAGUGAUGAUGAUGGUCUGCUGCUAGAUGAAGCAGCACCGAAGGAUUUUGCUGCUGCAGCAGCAACAGCAGCAGCAACAGCAGCAGCAGCAGCAGCAGCAGCAGGAACUCCAUCAGCAGCAGCAUCAUCAUCAACAGCAGCAGCAAACCCAUCAAGAGCAGCAGCAUUACCAUCAUCUCCCUCAUCAUCAUUAUCAUCAUCAGCAGCAGCAGCAGCAGGGCCAGCAGCAGCAGCAGCAGCAGCACCAGCAGCAGCAGCAGCAGCAGCAGCAGCAGCAGCAGGUCUCUGUCACGAUGACUUCAACUGGGACGAAGCAGAGCUCGUUGGCCGCGGAAGAAGCGCCCUUGUCUUUGCUGCUCUGCACAUACCCUCCAGGCUUGUUGUUGCUAUCAAGGAGAUUCACGUUGGUUGUUUUGGGGUGUACACGCACCUCGAUGAGGCGACAAAGACGAACCGCUAUCAGCUCGCAGCAGAGGUUACGCACAAGCAGCAGCAGCAGCAGCAGCAGCAGCAGCAGCAGCAAGCCGAAAGGGCCGUCGUCAUUUGCUGCAGUCUGCAGCAGCAGGCGAAACCUGGUCUCCAGCAGCAGCAGCAGCAACAGCAGCAGCAGCAGCAACAACAACAGCAGCAGCAGCAGCAGCAGCAGGACCUAAAACAGUAUCCACAGCAGCUCUCGCGCUGCCUCCUUCAGCAGCACCCAGCAGCAGCAGCAGCAGCAGCAGCAGCAGCAGCAGCAGCAGCACCGCUGCCUACAUUUAUUGUUCCUUUUCUUGGGGCCUAUAGAUGGCUAUCCAGAAGGGGGGGCUGCGUACACCUUGUCUUUGAGUUUAUGGAGCGGGGGUCUUUGGGGGAUUUGCUGCGGAUGAAGCAGCAGCAGAUGCAGCAGCUGCAGCUGCCGCUGCUGCAGCAGCAACAGCAGCAGCAGCAGCAGCAAACUCCCCUGCUGCAGCAGCAACAUUCAGGUGCUGCUAGAUGGCUGCACUGGAAGCGCAGCAGUACCAAGAGAGACAAAACACCACCACAGCAACAGCAGCAGCAGCAGCAGCAACAGCAGCAGCAGCAGCAGCAGCAGCAGCAGCAGCAGCAGCAGCAGCAGCAGCAGCAGCAGCAUGCGGCAUCAAGAAAACGCAAACCAAAAGCUGCAGGCGUCCCAGAGCAGUUCCUCAAACUCAUCGCUUUCCAGGUCUGCACCGCUCGUGGCUCUUUAGCUAGCUAG